AUGCGGGGUUUAAUCUAGAGCUACGGCCUCUCAGAAAUGUCAAUGAGGCAACACUUGUCACUGUCCUGGAUGAGACCUUCACUUCAGCCGAGGACAGUCAGUGCACAGAGUGACUAUCCUCCUGUUUGCAAGCGCUAUACUCGCCUAGUGGAGCUCUCGCCAAUUGAAUCAGACACUAAUUUCAUAUAGGGAAGACGGCAUGAAGCCUAGUGACAGUCUGGUCAACCGUCCCCGGAUUUUCAAGGUCAACUGCAAGCUUUUGUCUCGCGCCACCGUAAUUUCGUCCAAUCUGUCAGCCCAUGGCUACCCGGCUAACCAAGGGCAAUGUCCUCUCCAGAUCGCGGUUAGGCUCAGGUGGUCUCUAUAUAGACGAUGUCGCCUACCCUUCCUCGUUCUGUUGCUUUUUUUUGCCCUGCGUCCGUCGCAUGGAAUAAGCCUCCCCCGGUCACCUCCCCUUCGUUUCUGCCAAUAUGGGACGAUUUUUCACCAUUGCCCUGGCUGCCUUUGCGGCAACAGGCUCUUUCUUGUUUGGUUAUGACAGUGGUGUCAUGACUGAUGUAAUUGAAUCGAAGAACUUUCUAAGUUUCUUCAAUACUACCCAGACAUCAGCUAUCAUCGGAGCGAUCAACAGUACAUUUUCGGGCGGAGCCGCCGUUGGCGCCCUUCAAGGUGGUCUUACGAUGGACCGCUUCGGACGCAAAUUUACUAUCCAGAUGGGAGCCUUUAUUUGCCUGAUCGGCGCCAUUCUACAGUCUGCUGCUCAAAAUUUAGCUAUGAUUUUGGUUGGCCGUAUCUUUGCUGGAUGGGCGGUUGGCCUGAUGUCCAUGUCCGUUCCAGUUUAUCAGGCUGAGUGUGCGCAUCCUCGCUCCCGUGGUUUGAUUGUCGGUCUAGCACAACAAAUGAUUGGAGUUGGCUAUAUUGUUAGCACAUGGGUCGGUUACGGAUCUCUGCAUGCGCCCGAUACGAGCGAGUUUCAAUGGCGAUUCCCCCUCGCAUUUCAAGCGGUCCCAGCGCUCCUGCUGGCUAUAGGCAUGUUCUUCAUGCCCGAGUCUCCUCGUUAUCUCAUUGAGAGUGAGAAGUAUGACGAAGGGUUGAGAAUCCUGAAGAAGCUCCACUUUGAUGGUACAAAUGAGGACUGGAUCCAGAGAGAAUACUCAGAGAUCAGAGCCACAAUUGACGCCGAAAAGGCUGUCACUGCUCCAGGAUGGUUGAUCAUGUUCAAAGUCCCUCAGUGGCGAACUCGCCUGCUGCACGGUACUCUUGUCCAAGUCUUCACCCAAAUGACAGGCGUAAACGUCAUUAAUUACUAUCAAACGGUCAUGUACAAUACGCUUGGUAUUACAGGUAAUCGUAACACAUUGGUCGCAGGUAUCUACAACUGUGUAGGACCGCUCACCAACUUGAUCUUUAUUGUCUUCCUGCUCGAUCGGGUCGGAAGACGGAAGCCAAUGCUUUUUGGCACAGUGACCAUUACCAUCGCUCUAAUCUGCGAAGCAGCUCUAAACUCGCAGAUUAAGACUGGCGAGGUCAACCGAGGAUAUAGCAUUGGGGGUGUCUUCUUCAUCUUCUGCGUCACCGUUCUCUUCUCUCUAUCAUUUGGCCCCACCAGCUGGACAUACAUGGCGGAAGUCAUGCCGAUGCAGAUUCGUGGGCGAGGCACGGCCUUUGCGACAGCCGUCGGAAACUGGACCGUUAGUACACUCUGGGCACAAGUCUCGCCCAUCGCUUUAGCGAGUAUCGGCUGGAAGUUCUACUUUAUCUUCGUGGCCUUCAACAUUUUUGUCACCUUCCCCACCGUCUUCUUUGUUUUCAAGGAGACUAAACAGAAGUCUCUUGAAGAAAUCGAUCUUUUGUUCGGUGGCCGUGCUCUAGGCCACCUGCCCGCAGACGUAGAAUCGAAGAUCACCUCCGAGACCGAGAAGGCCGACGAGACGGGAGUUUCGGUUAUAAACAUCGAGCACAAUGCCUGAGGUAUACUCAGGCUAUAUCACGGAGGUCGAAUGCAGGUGGGAGGGGUUUACCUUGGGACAUGUACUUGGUUGACUGCUCUCGUGUAAUGAAUUGACGGACGCUUUGAUACACUCCAUAACUCUACGAAGCCUUGCCACACCCGACUUCAGAUUCCAAUAUUUGAGUCGAACUUCUUCUCUGAAGGGUCUUGGUCCUCUGCCCUCCGGAGCUUUGUAC